CAAUAAAAGAGGAGCGCAUCUCGAUAAACUUGCACAGUUGAUAUUUUGAUACAAAACCAAGAACAGCAUAACUGAACCGAGAAACAAUUUCUGACUCAAUUGAAAAAUAAGUCGAAAAAUUUAGUCAAUCUAAACUUAAAUUAGUCGUAAACCUAGUUAAGAACCAUUUCUAAAAUGACGAGAUUUGUAGACUUGGUCAAAGUAAUAAUCGUUCUCAGUGUUUUACUGAAAAAUCAAGUCACAUCAAGAUCACUUUUACCAUCACUCAAUGAAUUUGAAGGCAGAGAAGAAGAAGCCAAAGUAAUAACGACCGAAUUCUCCAAGACGACCUCACCCCCGAACAGUGAUGAGAUUUUGGAUGCUGUAAAUUGUAACAACGACUACAUGGGAAUUGUCGCCCCACACGCGUCAAACUCGACCGAAAACGGGGUUGACAAUAAGUGCUACACUUGUGGAGACUUGACAACGAACAAGUGUUCCGACGUUUGUUCUGGGAUGGGGUUCAAAUGCUGGAAGUGUGAAGCGUGUGAAUGCGGAUGUAGUAACAAAGGCUGUUAAUUUAAUUGCCAAAUAGAUAUGAAAAAUAUGGAAGACAUGAAACGUAAACUUUAGACAACAGUUUACAUAAACUCAAAAAUUGUACAAAUUAGUUAGUGUAUUUUUAGCUAUUUUUUUUUUUACUUCUCGUUGCUAUCACAUACUCACUUAAGUAAAUCAACAAGAAUUGUUAAAUAUGUCCUAUCAGAUUAUAUAAAUAUAAUGCAUUAUUGUAUUUAAGAUUUGCGAUGUGGAGAUGCAUUAUAAAAUAUAAAUAUUUAUGUUCGUUAGAAAUAAUUUUCUAGCUAUAGUUUUCACGCAUAUACUAAAGGGAGGGCAGCCUGGUGGAUACGAAUUUGGCCUUGAAUAACCCCGGAAUGGUUUGUCGUAGCGGGUCAAAAUUUUGAACAGACGAGCAUGUUAUCCUCAGAUAGUUGUGUGUAAAAUUUCAGCCCUCUACUUUCAAAAAUGCCUCCCGUACAGCCCCCAGAAGUUGAGACACUCAUUUCAAUUUUUUCCAAACUCCGUCUAAAAAAUUCGGUCUCCGCAGAAAGAAUUUCUUUUUAAGUAUCCGAACCCAAAGAAGUCUAUUUGACUUAUAUCAGGGGAUUGUAUAAGUAUUUCACUAUUCGAAAUGAUUUUUAUUCCCAAUCUAGCUUCAAGGUCAUUUGCAUAAUCUUGGGUCAACUUUAUCGUCUGGGAAGACGCUGCGUCACGAUAAAAAUUACCUUAUUUAUUUUUUUACCGUGCUAUUUAGGAAAAUGUUACUCUAAAAGUGGUUUCGAGACACGGUCAGCAUAUUGCUUUGCAGAUUUCUUCACUUUUUGGGGGACUUUGAUACGUGGGAGGACACCACGAUCGGACAUUGCACCCACAACUUAAAACUGUUUACAAAAGUUCUCCUCACGGGAAAACACCAAAUUCCGUGAAUUUUUUUUCGGCAUUUGUCGUGUAGUAAGCUCUUCGAGCUCAAUUAGUAACUUGUAGAGAAAAUAGUGCUUCGUCAAAUGUGACAAAUAACUCACUCCUAUUCCUCAACAGAAAAUUUAAAUAAAAUUUUUUGUAAGCACGAGCCAGAUUUUUUCUGGAACUAUUUGAAAUGACUAUCUCAGCUUCUGGGGGCUGUGGGGCAGGCAUUUUUCAAAGUAGAGGGCUGAAAUUUUGCACACAACUAUCUGAGGAUAACAUGCUCGUCUGUUCAAAAUUUUGACCCGCUACGACAAACCGUUCCGGGGUUAUUCAAGGUCAAAUUCGUAUCCACCAGGCCGCCCUCCCUUUGGUAUAUCUGUUCACCAGAUCAUGGAAUAAAGAUAUACUGUCCGUAUAAAGAUUACAACGUGACUGAUAUCAAAUAAGAAUAUUACCUAUUUUGUUCUGUAUAGUAAUUCUCGAGAAUAUGUAUAAUUGCAAUCAUUGAUGUGUGGAUUAAAUGAACCUAUACAUAUAUAUAUUGAAGGUGAAUAUAUACAUAUAUAUCACAACAAUGUGAAGCACAUUGAUGAACUAACUGAAUAAAUACAAGUUAGGUAUCACAUUGAAUUAAAUUGAAUCGAGUCCCACAAGUUUAUCUUCUUUAUAAGUAGAUACAUAGAAUAAUUGAUCACAGUUGUCGAUAUGUGAGAAUUUAAAUUUUUGAACUAAACUACUUUUAUCUUUAUCUUUUCAUCGUGCAUUCCAUAACUUGCGACAUGGUUGAGAAGAAUCACUAAUCAAUUUAUGUAUCUCCGAUUAGUAAAUUCGUGACAUAAUUUCUUCAGCUUGCAUGGGAUCCCAUAAACACUUACUGAAAAUGACAAUGUUCUAAACGACGGAAUUCGUGAUAUCACACUUGUAUUGAAUUCUAAUCUUUUGAAUGCCACACUGACCUUGAUGUGGAGUUGCUAAACUGGAGUAUAUAUCAAAAUGCCGAAAAUUUAGAGGACGUGUUAUAAUUCCGAUUUAGGAUUUGAAUCGGGCAUCACAUUUCUCUGAUAUUUAGCUGUCUAUACGCAUUAAUUAAUCAUCUUUGAAAUGGAUUUCGCAUCAAGAAUGAAAUCCAAGCUGGAUUUUUCCUCUGCGGUUGAGACUUUGCAAAACUUAAGCAAACUUGGAACUUGUUUAAAAUCAAUUGCUUCCGAACUGGCCGACAUUGCUGGGGCCACUGCUGACAUUGCAUUGACAAUUGCUUCCGGUGCGGUUCAGGUCGAAUCUCUUCGGGCCAACUUGAAAGAAAUUCAAUCCAGCAAGGACAUCGUGUCUAAAGAGAUCGAUACUGUGAACGAAAUUCUUGCAGCUUUGAAAAAUAUUGCACAAGAAGAUAUGAAAAAUCCGGUAGAAAAACAGGGCAAGGUUGCACGAGCAACUAACGCCGCGUUCAACCUGGUUAUCAUUGUGGUCAACAUUUUGGACGAACUUUGCCAAAUUGCGGAGAAAGUAGACAAACUCAUUGGUCUGGAUGGGUCUGAUGUUAAUGCGAUUAAAGAAUUAAUCAAGGGAAUCAAAGUGGACAUUGAGGACAUUGCGGUUCUAGUACAACAAGUUAAAGAUCAGGUGAAGGAAAUAGUCAAUAUCGUUAAAGGGGAUGAAGGAAAGGAGAAGAAAGUUAAGGAUAAGCAGCCAACUAAGGCGGACAAGGGUGAUGAUAAGGUGGACAAAACGGAUAAGGACGAGCAUGAUGGAGAUGAAAAUGAGGAAGGCGGAUGUUGGGCUGGUUUCAAAAAGUAUUGCUGUUGCUGCUGUGGCUGCUGCUCUAAAAAUAAUGAUGAAUAAGCGAUUUUUCAUUCACCAAUUGGAUAUAGUAUUUGGAAUUUUUUUUAUGCUAUAAAUAAUGAAAGAGCUCAUUUGCAACAUAAAUAUCUAAUAAAUGAUGA